AUGGAUGAAUCCAUUGACAGAUCCAAUGAAUCCAAUGGCGUUACUCUAGAGACCGGUAAAAGAUAUUCCCAAAGAGUGGAGGAGUCCUACCACUUGACGAUGGCUGCACUGGAACCGCCCUCCGAAGGCAAGAAAGUGUCCAAAUAUGUGUCCAUAUAUGUGGAGCACCAGAAGGCCGAGUACAUGAUCUGCACGUUAGAGCCGAACCGCAAUCUUCAGGUAAAUCUGGACCACAUGUUCGUCGAGAAGGCCGAGUACAUGAUCUGCACGUUAGAGCCGAACCGCAAUCUUCAGGUAAAUCUGGACCACAUGUUCGUCGAGGGAGAAGAGGUGACCUAUUAUCUGGUGGGCGACGGAACCGUUCAUUUGACGGGAUAUCUGGUCGGAGAUCCAUAUGACGACUACGACGAAGAGCUGAGCGAUGAGGACGGCGAAGAAGACGAGGAGAGCAGCGAUGAAGACGUGCCGACACUUAACGCCAAGAACUCUAAGCGUAAGAACGAAGCGCUCGACAGCUCUCUGGAAUCGAUCGGUAAGAAAGCGAAAGUGGACUCAAAAGUGGCGAACGCUUUGCCCAAAAAGGCCGACAAUAAAGCCGAAGGGAAUGCCAUUAAGACACUGAAUAAGAAUAAGAACGACAAUAAGUCGGCCAAACCUAAUGAGAACCGGUUGUUAUUCGUGCUUUCGCUACUGAGCCUACUUCUACUUCUCAGCCUCCUAUACCUACUAAGCCAACCAAAGGACCUAUUCCUUCGCCAACUCUCGCCACCGUCACUACUACUCCUGCUUGAUGAUGAAGAAGAAGACGAGGAGGACAGCGAUGAAUCCGACGAAUCAGAAAAAGUGCAGAAAAGCAAAGACCAGAAACCGAAACCACAACAGAAUCAACAAAAGCAAAACCAAAAUCAGUUGAGCUCUCCUCAGAAGUCCCCUCAGAACCAAAACCAGAAUCAGAAGCCGUGGGGAAGUGGACAGAAGGGCGGCCAACAGAAAGGCUUUCAGCAACAGAAGGGACAGUGGAACCAAUCGGGAGGACAGAAGAACUUCAAUCAGAACCAAAAGGGAGGAAAUCAGUGGCAGAACAAGAAGCAGUUUGGAAGCGGUGGUGGAGGUGGCGGUCAGAACAACAACACCCCAAACAACAACUACAAAGGCGGCCAACAGAAUAAGAGCCCUAACUUCAGAGGCGGUCAACAGAAUAAUAGCCCCAACUUUAGAGGCGGUCAGCAAAACAACUUCAAAGGAGGCAAACAGACCCCGAACUUCGGUGGAAAGGGAGGAGGAAAUAAGCCAAACUUUAACCAAACGCCCAAAUUUAGUGGACAAAAGGCAAGCAAUUUCAAUCAGAAUAAGAAGCAAUGGAAUUCUGAUAAGAAAUAA